AUGAUCUUUUCUAAGAACAGCAAAGGUCAAAGUACUCCCCUCGUGCUUCCUGUCUUCGAGAUGUCGUGGCGUUCGUCUUUCCGCGGCUCAAAGUUUCGCCAUGUUUUCGGGAAGCCGGCCACCAAGGAGCACAGCUAUGACGGGGUGCCAAUCACACGCAGCGUCCAUGACAACCACUACUGCUCAGCCAAUCCCUGCUUCAUCGCCGUCGUGACCGAGUGCGCCGGCGGCGGGUCUUUUCUAGUCCUGCCCAUCCAUCAUACAGGCAGGGUGGACCCUCAGCACCCGAGGGUGUGCGGCCACAGUGGGAGGGUCCUGGACGUCAAGUGGAACCCGUUUGAUGACCACUGCGUCGCGUCGUGCUCAGAGGACUGCACGGUCAAGAUCUGGGACAUCCCGGUCUGCGGCGUCCAGCAGAACCUCACCAAGGCCAGGAAGACUCUGAUCGGUCACUCAAGGAGGGUGGGGCUUAUCGAGUGGCAUCCAACAGCAGAGAAUCUGCUGCUUAGCUCCGCCUACGACUACAAGGUCCUCCUCUGGGACGUGUCCCAAGUAGGCGCGGUGCUUAGGUACCCGGUCCGGGUGGUUCUGAUGCCUGUCUACCACCGCUACCCGUCUGAGACGCUGCUGCUGUCUGUUAGCUUCAACACUGAUGGCAGCAGGCUGGCGGUCACGUCCAAAGACAGACGGGUUCGAGUCCUGGACCCACGGACUGGAAAGAUCCUACAGGUGUCCAGCAGUAAGUCCCACAGGGCCAGUAAGGUUUUAUACAUUGGUGGGUUGAAGAUGCUUCUGUCCACGGGCAGCUCGCCCUGGAACCACAGACAGAUCGUCCUCUGGGACCCUGACGACUUAUCGGAGCCUUUGUACGAAGAGGAUUUGGACGGGUCCGCAGGAGUUCUCUUUCCGUUCUAUGAUCCAGACACCCACAUGCUCUACUUGGCUGGAAAGGGUGACGGGAACAUCCGGUACUACGAGCUGAGUACUGAGAAACCCUACAUCAGCUUCCUGACAGAAUGCAGGUCCCUGCUGCCACAAAAAGGACUUGGGGUGAUGCCAAAGCGCGGCCUGGAUGUGAGUGCCUGUGAGGUUUUCAGAUUUUACCGACUGAUCGCCGUCAAAGACCUGGUGGAACCGCUGUCAAUGAUUGUGCCACGAAAAGAGUCAGGUAUUUUCCAAGAAGACCUGUACCCAAUGACAGCAGGAAACCAGGCCGCCAUGACGGCUCAGGAGUGGCUGUUGGGAAUCAACAAAGGCCCUGUGCUGAUGUCCCUGAAGCCUGGGGCUCGAGUGGCCAACCCUUACCCAGAAACUCCUGCUGAGAAGGGGCUAGUGAGCUCCCUGAAGUCCCAGAUGGGUCCAGCUUUUGGUGUUGUGACCAGGACAGACAUGGACUUCAUGGAAGAGGCCUUCCUUGAGGAGCAGCUUGCCUACCAGGACGCCAAAUAUCCCAGAGAGGUGAGUGAUCUGUCGGGGUGGCAGCCAGAUGAGACCCAGAUCCCGCUGUGGACCUACUGCUGCACCCCACACUGCUGUGAACCCGCAGAGAGACCUCCACCUACAACUGAGAGCGAGCUCCUGCAAGCCUUUUACCGACAGCAGGACGAGAUCAGAGGCCUGAGAGAACAACUUCAUCACAAAGACGUGAGGAUCACUCAGCUGGAGAUGGAGAUCAAAAACACCCGAAACAACUUGAGGGCAACUUUCUGAUUCAACCAACCAGCUCUCACAGCUGCUGUUCCAACACAGAAUCAAUCAAUCUACUUGACAGUGUCAACCAAUAAAGGAAAGAAU